AUGAUGUUUGGUAAUUUACCAGAUGUCAGAAAACCAAAAGAAGGUUAUAAAAAGUAUUUAGAAUAUUUUGAUUUAAGGUUCCCACGUAUUCAAGAGGAGAAACAUUUUCAAUCAUAUUAUUAUUAUACAUAUUUAAAACAAAUUAGGAUUUCGAUUAUAUUCUUAACAUCAGUUUUAUUUAUUGGUACAAUGACGGCAUAUAUAUCACCAUUGGAUAUCUCAUAUUUACCAUAUUACGAUUCAAAAAAUAUUUAUUAUUUUAAUUAUGUACAACCAAAUGUAACAACAACAUCAUCAUCAACAACCACAACAUCAUCAACAACAAAUUCAAUCGAUUCAACAGUAGAAAAUAAUAAUUUUACAGAAGCAGAUGGACAUCUUACAAAUUAUUAUUUUCCAUAUUUAGCAAAUAAAGCAAGAGAUACAUUCAUAUUAAGAAUGAUUACAAUUGGUUUAUUAUUAUUUUAUUUUAUAUUUACAUUUACAGCAAAAUUUAAAAGGUUAUGGAAAUUAUUUACAACAAUAACUUUAUUUUUAGUAUCUUGUAUAGUAUUAAUAUUUGAAUCUGAUAUUCGUACUAUACCUGGUAGAAUGGUAUUAUUAUUUAUUAUAAUUGCAAUUUCUUCUGGAAUGACAUUUUUACCAUCAAUGUUAGCAUCAGGAGGAUUAUGUUUAUUUUUUUUCUUUUAUUUUAUGUUUUAUUCACAAAUUGCAGGUAAACAAAUGGUAUUAUUAUCAUUGGUAUUAUUAAUAAGUUGGAUAAUAUUAAUGAUAAUAUCAAGAUUUAAAGAACAAUUAUUUAGAGAUAAAUUUAGAACAUUAGAGAAUUUAAAGAUUCAAACUAUUCGUUCAGAGAAAAUUAUUAAUCAAAUGUUACCAACUGUAGUUGUACAAAGAUUAAGACUACAAUCAUCAAAAGAUCAAUCAUUAGAGACAACUUUAGAAAAUGAUAAAGAAUUAAGUAUUAAAAAAGAUGAAGAAAGUAAUUUAACUGGUAAAAAACAAUCAAAAGUAGUGGUAUCACCACCACCACCACCAACAGCAGCAGCACCACAACAACAAGAUAAUGAAAUUUCAACACCACAAAAUAGUAGAAAAAUUGUUGACCCACAAUCACCAUCAUCAUUAAUGCCAGGACAAUAUUCAGUAACAGAUUUAAUUGUUGAUAGUUAUGAUCCAGUUACAGUAUUAUUUUGUGAAAUUGUUAAUUUUAAUGCAUUGGUAGAGAAAAUGUCAUCAACUCAAGUUAUAAAUCUAUUGAAUGAAGUUUAUAAUUCAUUCGAUAGAUUAACCGAUGUUUAUGGAGUGACAAAAGUUGAACAUAUUGGUAAUGUUUAUAUGGUGGUUGGAGGAUGUCCUGAACUUUGUCCAGACCAUGCUCAACGUGUUGCACAUAUGAGUUUGGGUAUGUUAUCGGUGAUAAGAAGAUUUGGUAUAGUUCAAGUUAGAAUUGGUAUGCAUACUGGUCCAGUUGUUGGUGGUAUCAUUGGUAAAAAGAAAUUAAGUUGGCAUUUAUUUGGUGAUACAAUUAACACAAGUUCACGUAUGGCAUCUCAUAGUUCAAUUGGUAGAAUCCAAGUUUCUCAUCCAGUUCAACAAUUGCUACGUCCCUAUUUCCUAUUUGAAGAUCGUGGUAAAAUUCAAGUCAAAGGUAAAGGUUUAAUGAGAACUUUUUAUCUAGUUAAAACUAAACAAUUGGAUAAACGUUACACUUCAAUCUUUUCAAGUUUACAUAGAGAAAAACCGUAUAUACCACCCGUUGAUAUCUCUGAAGUUAGUUUUGAAAAUCAAAAUAAUACAAUUGGAAAAGGUGAUGAUAUCGCCUCUGGUAGUGCCACUGGUCCAACUCAUCCAAAUAUACCAAAUUCAAUGUUAUCAGCAAUACCAAGUAGAGUAUCAAUUGAAAUGAAUCCAUUAGGUGGUUCUGGUAGUAUUCAAAAAAGAGAACGUAAAGGAAGUAUAUUUGCAAAUGUUAUGCCACCAAAAGUUUUAAAUUUCUUACAAACUGGUUCUUUAACUUCACCACAACAACAACCAUUACCUCAACAAUCAAAUAGUGAAGAAACUAUUUCAAAUUCACCAAGACUUUCUUCAACACCACAAUCAACUUCAACUUUACAACAUAGUAGUAGUACUGGUGCAUUAGGUUCAUUAAUUAAUAAUAAUAAUAAUAAUAAUAAUAAUAACAAUAAUAAUAAUAAUAAUAAUAAUAAUAAUAAUAAUAAUAAUAAUAAUAAUAAUAAUAAUAAUAAUAAUAAUAAUAAUAAUAAUAAUAAUAAUAAUAAUAAUAAUAAUUUACCAGUUUCACUAAUUUCACCAAUUUCACAAAAUACAACACCAACAGGAAGUUUAUCAUUACCUGUAACAGAAAAAAAGAAACAAACAGUACAAUUUGGAUCAAUUUCAAGAUCAAGUAGUAUUUCAAAAGGUACAGUUGGUAGAUCACCAUCACCAGCAUUAUUUGAUGGCGGUAUUGAAAUGGAUGAUAAUGGUGGAGGUGCUGGUGAUGAUUUUAAUACAAUGGAACCAAAUUUAGAUUUAGGUAAAGGUAUUCAUGGUUCAAAUGUAAUAUCAACAAAUAAUUCAAAAUUAAAUAAAUUGGAAAAAGAUUUAACUAAACAUUAUACAUUGGAUAAAUUUAAAUUAUCAUUCAUUUCAAGAGGUAAUUUAGUUGAAAAAGAAUAUAGAAAUGAAUAUAUCCUUAAAAAUUGGAAUAGAAUUUUAGCAUCAAUGUUAAUGAUUGUUGCAUUAUUUGGUUUAUCAGGUUUAGUUGAUUAUUUCUUUUUAAAAUUAUCUUCAAUUUCUUCAAUUGUUAAAGUUGAACCAAUGCCAUCGUCAUCGUCAUCAUCAUUAUCCUCUUCUUCAUCAAAUUCAAUGACAUCAUCAGAAGAAAAAUUUAUAACAUUACAUACAAUACGUAGUGAAGAGAAUUUAAUUUAUGAUAUAAUUACAGGUGUACGUUAUGGAUUCGUUUUCUUUUGUUUAAUUGUAAUUUAUGUAGUAUCAAAAUUCAAAACAUUUAGUAUUAGAAAAUGGAUUCAAGAGGUUGUUAUGGUAUUUUUCAUAGUUUUGGCAGCAGUAUUGAUAGUAUUGACAAGUGUACCACCAUUGAAUAAGAUUCCAUUGGAUUCGGUGAUAUUAUCAAUUGAAAUUAUGUUUAUAACGAUUUGUUACAAUUUUAGUGGUAUUAAAUUUUGGUAUUCAAAUAUUGUUUGUGCGUUUUGUAUAAUUUUCAUUGAAAUUAGUAAAACCUGGAAACAAGCAUACCAUAGUCGUGAUAUCUAUCUAUCACAUAACUAUUAUUUAAUUACAGCGGUACUAAUUAAUAUCAUUACAAGUUAUUUCGAAGAGUUAUUUAAUCGUUUAAAUUGGGUACAUGGUAGAUUAUUAGAUAAAGAUCAAAGAGAGACAGAAUCAUUGGUUGCAGAGAUUUUACCAGCAGAUAUUGUCAAAUCAAUGAAAUCAGGUAGACAAUUGAUUGUGGAUGAGUUUAAAAAUGUUACUAUAUUUCUAUCGGAUAUUGUUGGAUUCACUGAAAUGGCCGCAAGAAUGUCACCAAGACAAUUGGUUGAAACUUUAAAUCAAAUUUAUUCAACUUUUGAUGAAAUCGCUCAAGAAUUUGGUGUUUUGAAAAUCGCUACCAUUGGUGACGCCUACUUUUGUGUUAGUGGGUGUCCAGAUAAAGACCAAACCGAUCACGCUUUUCGUGUGGCAAAUAUGGCCAUUAAAAUGUUAGAAUCAAUUAAAUCAAUUCGUACUGUCGAUAAUAUACCAAUUAGAAUGAGAAUUGGUAUUCAUACUGGUCCUGUUAUUGCUGGUGUCGUGGGUAUUAAAAUGAUACAUUAUCAACUUUGGGGUGAAUCAGUUCAAAUCACUCAACAAAUGGAAUCAACAAGUAGGGCUGAUAUGAUUCAUGUUAGUGAAGAUACUUUUAACAUUUUAAAAUCCAAAUACCUUUUCGAAGAAAGACCUGAUGGUAUCAUUAAAAAAAGAAAAAUUAAAACUUAUUUCCUUUUACGUGCUCUAACUGAAAAUGACCCACAACCUGAAGUUAAAACUAGAUCAGUUUCAGUUUCAAAAUCAAAUUUUGGUGGUUCUUUACAAUAUAAUCAAAUUACUCCAACUUUAAAUUUACCAGUUUCACAAUUAAUUAUUAAAGAUCAAAAUGAAAUUAAAAAUCAAAAUGAUCAUGAUAAUGAUGAUGAAAAUGGAAAUGAAAAUGGAAAUGAAAGUAGUAGUAGUAACAUUAAUGAAGAAGAAGAAGAUGACGACAAUAGUAAUAAUAAUAAUAACAACGAAGAUGAUGAAAGCUCAUAUGAAGAUGACCAAGAAAUGAAUCAAUAUUUAAAUAAUAGCGAAAAUAAUAAAAAUAAUAAUAAUAACAGCAAUCAAAUUAAUGAAGAAGACGGUAAUUGGGCAAAAAAUUAUGAUGGUUCAUCAGAAUCCAGUUAA